CAAUCUCCCGAAAAAUCUGCAUCAAUCAGCUGUUCGGAGUCUGAAGUCACUCUCAGCCGGGUCAAGAUGGCGGCCACACCAACACAAGAUUUGCCUCCCAAGGGCGGUUAUGCCCCCGUAAACUUCACCAGGAUCCCCGCGAGGAGUUAUUUCAACGGGUACCAGCUGUUUGCAGGGUUUGGUGUGGUGUCAGCUGUUGCUUGCUACAUGUACUACAAGACCUACAGCCUCGUCAGGCGCGAGGAUAUUGAAAUGAGAAGCGGGCGGCUGGCUGUCGAACCUCUCCUAUUAGCUGAGAGAGACCGCGAGUUUCUUAAGCAAAUCAGGCGGAACAGAGAUGAGGAGGCUCGGCUAAUGGCAAAUGUUGAGGGCUGGGAAGUCGGGACGUACCACGGAGAACGGAUUUAUAAGACAAUUCCGAGUGAGCGAUUCAUAGAUCCAGUAAUCAAUGAAUAUUUUGCUCAUGGCCCUUCGAAGGCUUAUACUGAUAAUGCUUUCUUCUCCCUGUUUUCGUAGAGAGAGAGAGAGAGAGAGAGAGAGAGAGAGAGAGAGAGAGAGAGGGAGAGAGAGAAAGAUUUAAGAUGCUGUUGGUGUAUUUGUAAAUAUUUCAAUUGUAAGAGGAAGAGGAAGAAUUUUGCUGUUUAAAUAAAGAGUUAAUAUAGAA